ACCCCUCAUUUACUAUUCAACGCUGUGAAUUUUUAACUUUGCGAACGACCGACCAUUGAGGUAUUUAAAUGCUUACUAAGCCCGAAUCUCAUCAGAAAGAACAGUUGUAGUGCACAUUAGUGUCGCAGAUCAGAACAUACGCAUCGAAAACCAAAUAUUCAUAGACCAUUCGAGUGAUAUCACGGCUUCAUAAAUAUGGGUGCUAAAGAGAGCGUGGAAGCUGCUAAAUUUUCUUCGCAAAAUUGGAACAAUUUCGAGCAUGGCGUUGUGAAACAUCCAUAUAGGCACGGAACCCAGCGCUCGCAGAGUCUCAACCGCGGGCACUCUUUCUCGCGCACCGAUGGCACCUGGUGACAUCACGGGACCGCGGGCAGCAUAGUGCAGUGCGCCGAGUGCGGCACGCGCACGAUGGGAAACAAGCUCUCGUCGUGCUCCUGCGCGCCCAUACUCCGCAAGGCGUACCGCUAUGAGGACAGCCCGUGGCAGAACUCGCGCCGCCGCGACGGACAUCUGUUGAGACUAUGGGCGGAAGUGUUCCACGUGUCAGCCAGCGGCGCCGGCACCGUGAAGUGGCAGCAAGUGUCCGAGGACCUGGUGCCCGUCAACAUCACCUGCGUCCAGGACUCCCCGGAGUGCGUGUUCCACAUCACCGCCUACAACUCGCAGGUCGACAAGAUCCUGGACGUGCGACUAUUGCAACCUGGCACCCGGAUCGGACAAGCCUCAGAAUGCUUCGUGUAUUGGAAGGACCCCAUGACCAACGACACGUGGGGCCUCAACUUCACGUCGCCCAUCGACGCCAAGCAAUUCAGGGAGUGCUGCUCACCAUCGUUUAAAUUCUCCCGAAAGGCAUCUUCUAGCUACAGCCUAAAGCUGGAACCUCCCGGCAACAAGCAGAAGUUCAAAGCAAAGAGGAAACCACUCUCCACACCAGCUAGUCCGAAUCGAUCCAGCUUGACGUAUGGACGCGAACCGCAAUGCACCUGCAUGACUCAAGAACAGUAUGCCAGACUCCGGGCUCAAGAUCCUCGCUAUCGUUCCUCAACUCUUCCUCGCACAACGGCCCGCGCCCUGGAGGCCGAGGCCGGCUCUGCUGGAGGGACGGCCAAUCGCGCCGACAAGGUGGCUGCGGCUACGUCAUCCACCUCGCUCUACGACAAUGUGGCCAACGCUCAGCCAUCACACCAGGCCCCGCCUAAACCUGCAGCUCGCCAGUCCGAGCAGCAGCCCCCGGCGCGCCCGGCCAAGUCGCAGGAGACGUCUACCAUGACCACCAACACUUCCACUGCGCCGAAGACCGUCACCGCUUCGGUUGGCACCCACAGCGGUAGUACUACUACAGAAGAGACUCAGAUUGCAGCCAAUACAACUCAACACGGGCAAGAUCUGAAGUCGGAGGGAGUGCAAGCGGGAGGCACUCUGACCUCCUCGAAGUCCUCGGCUACUUCCACACGCUCGGGCAAAGAACAUCUGCAGCACAUGCCGAAGAGCGUUGAUUAUGGCGAUGGAAAUGAAUCGGGUCGAGAGUCAGAGCGGCACUCGGCUCACCACCACAACGUGAUCAACAACAACACUUCGGGCUCGCGUCGCACAAAAUCUAAGAGCACCGAAGACAUGAAUAUGGAUUCCAGCACCCUCAAACGCAUGCUGAAGCCAAUGCCCUCUACCGAGAGCCCCGUGACCUCUCCAGAGAUGGGGCGCCGUCGGUACGGGGGCGCGGGGCCCUGCCCCCCAUCGUGUGGGGCGCAUGGUCACCGCCACCCGCAGCACCCGCAUCACGGGCACUACUCGCACAUUGUCAAUAACAACAGUCGGCAGAGUUCCCAGCGCCGUGGAGUGGGGGUCGGCGCAGCCCCAAGUGGGUACCCAGGCCGCGGGCUAUACCUAGAGUUGGGCGGCGGCGAGCGCGACAUGUCCCCGCCGUCUGACAACGUGAUGUUCGACAACCAGUGCUACGCCACCACGCCGUCGUCAUCCAACGGGAAUUCGGAUCAAGAGCCUUGCCAGCGCCGCGACCCGAGGCAGCAUCAUCAUGGGAAGCCCUGCCUCUCGCGUCAGGCGUCCCAGUCGAGCGCGACACCAGCUCCGGGAUCACCGACUUCCCGCCUCCUGCUGGAGUAUGAGAUGCACUUACGGAACACCCUAGCAAAGGGUAUGGACGCCGAGAGUUACAGUCUUCACACAUUCGAAGCUCUGCUAAGCCAGAGUAUGGAGGACUUGGAACGGAUAGGAUAUCUACUCUCACUACAAGAACCUAUGAAUAACUCGCCCGAAUACAACGACAACAUGCCACCUUCGAACCAACGAAGCCCUUACCCAUCGCGACGACGACCAGCAUCCCAGUGCUCUGGUGGAGGCAGCCGGUCGUCUACGCUGCCGCUGCCGCAUCGAUUAGGCGUGGAGAGGCAGCACAGCGCUCGUUCUGAUCGGGACGGAUACUACAGCGACCGCAACGAACUAAUGCGAGAGCGUGAGCGGGACCGGGAUCGCGAACGGGGCUAUUUGAGUGACCACAAUACCAGGGAUCGCGUCAGAGAUCGUGAUCAAGGAUACUUGAGCGACCACCAGUCAAGUUUCGUGAGCGCUUCCCGAUGCGCGUCUUGCAUCGGCGAAUCUGCGCGUGCGGCGUGGUACCGCCACUCUGAUGGCUGGCGCGGCGCCCCCGCCCCCGGCCCGCGGCGCUCACCCUGGGACUCCCUGCCCAGCCUGCGGCAUGAGGGCAGCUUGAACGACUCUGGCUACCGGAGUAACAGAGCCGACAGCUUUGAACAAAGGGGCGUAUUUGACCGGCAAGACAGCGUUCGUUCAGAAUACACGAGCGAUCGUGAGUCCGGCAGAUACGGGAUCGUGCAGCAGGCGUCCAUCGACAGCACCGACUCCAGGAUCUGCUACCUGACUUCCAGUGAGAUAUCGGAUGACGAUCGCAUGUCGCUGACGACGGCAGUGUCGGACGAAGAGGACCCCGGCGAGAGCGCGAUGAACUCUCCCUACAAGGGCAAGCAGACCGGCGCAGCCGCCGCGUCUUUCAACUGCACUGGUGCCGUCAGGAAAGCUGGAUUUUUGAGCGUGAAGAAGUGGUUGCUCCGCAAGAAGCAUCAGAUAGAGCUGGCCCGCAAGCGCGGCUGGAAAGGCUACUGGGUCUGCCUCAAAGGCACCACACUCCUUUUCUACCCGUGCGAUUCCCGCGAGGGCCGGUCAGUCGAAGCAGCACCGAAGCACCUGAUCAUAGUCGACGGGGCAAUAAUGCAGCCGAUUCCUGAACACCCGAAAAGGGACUACAUUUUCUGCCUGAGCACCGCAUUCGGUGACGCCUACCUGUUUCAGGCACCUUGUCAGGUGGAGUUGGAAAAUUGGGUGAACAGUAUACAUAGUGCCUGCGCCGCGGCAUUCGCUCGCCACCGCGGGAAAACUGGGACACUUCAUCUGCUCCAGGAAGAAAUAUACCGCCUCGAGAAAGCCAUCGAAUCUGAUCACAAGCUAAAACACAUGGCCGACCUGCAGCAGUCCGUGGUGUCAGACCCAGAGACGCGUGCGCAACUCGCGGUGCAAAUGCUCCAAUGGGAAGAGAAUCUUGAGAGGCUGCACUGUGAACAGUUCCGUCUCAGGUGCUACAUGGCCAGUCUUCAGAGCGGCGAACUUCCUAAUCCUAAGAGUCUCCUCACACACGUGUCCCGUGGUACGAAGAGUACCCUGAACAAGCUGGGCGUGUUCACCGUGUCGUCUUUCCACGCGUUCAUCUGCGCCCGAUCGCCUUCGCUCCUCAACAACUUGCUGGCUGGCCGCGGCGCCACCAAGCGGCGAGCGCCCAAUCUUUCCCGAUCCAACUCUGGGUCCAGCAGGCGAUCUAUGCAGAUGUCGCGCGACGACGGCGAGGCGGCUGUCCGCGUGUCUCUUCCCGAAGGCACCACGGCUACGGUGGGAGUGCGCGAAGGCAUGUCGGUGGAAGAAUUCCUGGCUGCAGCAUGCGCGCGCCGAUCGCUCAACGCGUUGGAGCACUUCGUGCGCGUCAAGAAACGCCGGGACAUGGAAGACCAUAACUACUUUGUGCCUCACCGCAGCGAUCUCAUCGAGACUUACUUGCACACACACGAAGUGGUGGAGGUGUGCGCCAAGAUCCUGUACCAGGUGGAACUCCAGCGAACCACCCUCGAGCAAAUGUGGGGCUUCAGCGUGGAGGCCGAGCUCAUCGAGAACGCUGAGAGGCAGGACGAGCUGUGCUGCUACGUCAGCAGGGUUGAGGACAAGAGCGUUGCUAUGCAGAACGGCAUAAUCAAAGGCGACGAGAUAAUGGUGAUCAACGGAGCGAUCGUAUCUGACCUAGAUAUGAUGUACUUGGAAAGCGUGCUGCAAGAGGAGCUCUCUCUCGUCAUGAUGAUGAGGUCGUCCCGCACUGAGCCGCCUGAACUGACCGGCAUGAUGAGGGCUGCGACCGACGACAUCAUAGAUUCCCUGGUGUGCCCACCACCGCCCAGCGAGCCGCCGGUCAUCUCCGACGACAUGAUCUCUGGACUCAUCGUGCCCGCACCAGCUUGGAGUAAGGAGUUAUACAGCCCCGAAACAGACGGCCAUGGCGGGGACUCGGUGAAUGCAGGCCCGCCCAAAGUCAGCUCGCGGACGAAUUCGUUUGAAAUUGAAAACCUUCUAAAGAGCGCAGAACAGGUGACCGGCUGGUGCCGAUCGCCGGCGGACACCCGCCGCGGGAGCCCUACAGGCAGCGUGGUCAGUGCCGCGGCUGGGACGCCCUCCCGGCACAUGUCUGAUGCCGACAAACUGAAGAAGGUCCUGCUGGAACUGGUGGACACUGAGCGCGCUUAUGUUAAGCACCUGAACAAUUUACUGGAGAACUACUUGGAGCCGCUGAAGAAGGAAACUUUUUUAUCAAACGCCGAGAUCAACGCCCUAUUUGGAAACAUUCAGGAGAUUGUGACUUUCCAAAGGCAGUUCCUGCAAAACUUAGAGGAAGCGCUCGAGGCUGAGCCGAACUUCCACCACUUUGAAUUCUCAAAUCAAUUUAAAAAUAUACUCUUCGCGGUCGGAAAUGCAUUCUUGUACUACGUCAACCACUUCAAACUAUACAGCUCUUUCUGUGCCAGUCACAGCAAGGCGCAGAAAGUCUUGCAUCCGAAUGAAGGAAACCAAGCAUUGCAAGAGUUCUUGGCGGCGAGGAAUCCAAAGCAGCAGCAUUCGUCAACACUCGAGUCGUACCUUAUCAAACCUAUUCAACGGAUACUUAAAUAUCCCUUAUUACUUCAACAACUGAGAAAUUUGACUGAUGCUAAUUCUGAAGAACACCUCCAUUUAGUAGAGGCUCUCAAGGGAAUGGAGAAAGUUGCUGAACAUAUAAAUGAGAUGCAACGAAUACAUGAAGAAUAUGGUGCUAUCUUUGAUCACUUGUUUAGGCAACACCAGAAGUCUUGCAAGCAACCUAUAGAUCUAAGUCCUGGUGAUUUGUUAUACUACGGUGGAGUAGAAUGGUUAAAUAUUUCAGACUUUUUAGGAAAAAUAAAGAAAGGAUUGGAACUGCACGCUAUGUGCUUUGUAUUUAAAUCAGCUGUUGUCUUCCUGUGCAAAGAAAGACUGAGACAAAAGAAGAAGUUGAUGGGUGUGUCAUCAAAGAACAACUCGAACGAAGUAGAGAUCAUCAGGUACCAGGUCUUGAUCCCGGUGACUGAGGUCCAGGUGCGCGCGUCCUCUGCCAAAGACAUGGACAGCCACUUCUUGUGGGAACUGAUACAUCUGAGGAGCCAGCUGCAGCGCCGCUCCGAGAAGGUCUACGUGCUGUCCAACAGCACGGCGGACUUCCGCAACGCGUUCCUGAAGACUAUCAGGCAGAUCAUUAGGGAGUCGGUUCGGAACAUGUCCCUGCCCACCUCGAGACCCGCGCCGGCCCCACCUCGGGCGCCACACACCCUGGAACGCGACCGGGAGAGGCCCAAGCAUCAGGUGAGAUGCACUGUGCAAGUGAUGCAGGGCUCUCAAACUCUCGGCAAGACAAAGAAACCAAAGACAAGUGGACAACGGCUAUCGGCAGGCAAUAUCGAGGUUGGUGAUCUCUCGCGUGAGAACUCUCAAGACGCAGACGAACCUCCGCCACCGCCUCCAGAAGAAGAACCUGCUUUCAGGCACCGAAGCAAAACAUUAGGUGACACUGCUGAGACUAGCGUGAAGCGAGCGCCGCCGCCGCCUCCCCCGGACACCGACAAGUCGGACCUCGGCUCCAAGUCCGAGGGCGAGGACGAGCCGCCCCAGCCGCCUGCCAAACGAGGGUUAGGCAGAACUCCCAACCACCUCACGCUAAGCACGACGUCGACUCUGAGUGCCGGCAGCACGGGCAGCCAAGCUAGACUCAUCCAAUCCUCGCAUCAACCAACCCAGUACCAACCCACGAUGGUCAAAGAACUAGGUAAGCAUGAAUCUCAAUCUCUGAAAUCGUCUCCCGAGAAAAAGAGCAGCUCGAGCCAGGAGAGGAAGAUCAAAGUAAUACGCUCCUGCAGCGGCAGCAGCAUCAACAGAGACAAGUCCCCCAACAGGUCUAUAGAUCGUCAGUCACCUGAGAGAGAUCGCGUCAGCAAAGUCAUUGUUUGCAAAUCUCCCAACAAGUCUAGCCUGAAACAAACCAAGACUAUGCACCGCUCUCCGAGAGGCAGCUUUGAUCAGUCAAAGUCCCCGCGUGGAUCUAUCGAUAAGUCGCGAUCACCCCAACAGAGUUUUGAUGGAUCGAGGUCCCCGCGUGGAAGUAUCAUGAAAUCUCGCGAGAAUAGCGUUGAUAGAUCCAGGUCGCCAAAGCCUGCCCCGAAAAAGGGAAUCAUGCGAACACCUCAGGCUAGCUUCGACCGAUCGCCCUGCAAAUCGCCUAAUGUUAGCCGCCGGUCAUCCAAAUCUAGCGGUGAGAAACUAGCAAGACUUGGCACUAAUUCUUUGGAUAGGAUGACUCAUUACUCCCAACUGGCCAAAGCCGAGGAUAAGGCUAUGAAGAUGGGGAUUGUGGUAUCUAAGUCUACCGAGUCAAUUACUAAGGCUAUUGAGCACCCGACUUGCGUGCAAUGUUACCUGUCUGGGAAAAGGCAGGCUAAAACCUCCUAGCAUAGGGGGAAGGGCAAGUCCCCCAAAUCUAGAAGGAAGACGCUAGCUUCGCAGUCUCGCAUUCCUGACAGGAACACUUCAUCUGACCGCAGCAGCAUCGAAACUCUAGAGGACAUUGCCCAUGACCGUGGAACUUGCACUUCCACACGUCACACCGAACGAAGCGAAUUCGAUCAAAUACAUGUUUAAACAUAUUAUUGUACCUGCUAAUUACUUUUUAUUAUUUAACAUUAACCUAACUUGAGCGAGAAAAAGUAGGCACUUACAUAAAAUAAGAUCUAUCACAUUGUGAUUUAUUUAUGUAUAUUUAUCAUCUAAUAUAACAUGGUGGAGACUUUGUCUAAACCAUUGCUAAAAGGAAUUGAUUAGUGAAAAUGACGAUACUUUGAUGAUGGUCAAAUUACUAUUUAUUGACUUUUUUCAUUAUAAGUUGAUUAAAGUUAUUGAUAUUUACUUAAUUCCAUAAUUUGUACG